UUCUUCUUCAAUUCUUUUCACUUCUCCGGAGUAGUGGGAAUCCAAGCGCAGCUGAAGUAUAAUAACCUUUACUCCGUACCAGAAAUCCAAUAUCUAGUUAUUUUGCGCAGUCGAUAGGACCCAAACCAUGACCAGAUUUCGUUCCAGAUCUCCCGUUCGAUUGAAGCUUUUUAUCUCCCUCUUCCUUUUCCUUGUUUUCCUGGUCUACUUGCCGUCUCGUUGGCGCCGCUCAGCCGGGUCGCGUGCCACCGAAUCACAGAGAAUAUCUAUGCCCAAAAACUACUAUCAAGAGCACUCAAAGUUCUGGAAAGCAUUUCACCCAAUCCUCGUCGCGAACGAUCCAAAUUGCACAUCCCCGGAACAAUCGGAGAAGGCCAACUCCAUACGUUUCGAUCCAAAUAAUGCGGUGGAGCGUCCGGAUUUCAUCUCGAUGCCUCAGGCGGACAUCGAAAUGAUGAAGCUGAUGCAUAAUAGCUUUGUGAAUACGCUCAUUGACCGGCCUCUCCAUCCGUAUUACGUACCCGGCACGCGUGGCCUUGUAUCGACUGCGGGUGGUCCAUUUUUACCGAUCUUGACGAUAUCCUUGCGCAUGCUUCGGCAUUACGGUUCCAAAUUACCGAUGGAGGUAUUUCUUGCUUCUGAGGAAGAGUACGAGCCGUAUAUAUGCGAGCAAGUUUUUGCAGAAUUAAAUGCCAAAUGCUUGAUCCUUAACAGGAUCCUCAGGCAGGUCCCUGGACCCAUCGAUAUAAAACAAUACCAAUAUAAACCGUUUGCAAUGCUCUUCUCCUCAUUUGAAGAGAUGUUAUUCUUGGAUGCGGACGCGUUUCCUCUGCACGAUCCGAAGACUCUAUUUUCAUCCGAACCUUUCCGUUCGUUCAAAAUGGUUACCUGGCCCGAUUUUUGGGCGUCUAGUGCUUCGCCGCUAUAUUACAAGAUUGCAUCACAACCAAUUCCUUCAACGACAGUUAGAGCAUCUACAGAAUCCGGAGAACUCCUGAUUUCCAAGAAGACUCACCAGAAGACUCUUAUGCUUUCUACGUAUUACAAUUUUUACGGGCCGUCCCACUACUACCCCCUCUUCUCGCAGGGCGCAGCAGGAGAAGGAGAUAAAGAAACGUUUAUUGCCGCUGCUACGGCUGUGAAUGAACCAUUUUACCAAGUCAGUGAACCACUACGUGCGAUUGGGCAUAGGGCCGCCGAUGGUGGAAUGGAUGGCUCUGCCAUGGUCCAAUACGACCCCGUAGAGGACUACCGGUUAACUAAGAAGGGGAUAUUCCGUGUCGCAAACCCUUCCGCAGCUCGUUCACCGAAACCGUUUUUUAUUCACGCCAAUUUCCCAAAAUUCAAUCCUGCAACGAUUUUCGAAAAGCACGCCACUGAUCCUGUUCGGGAUCCCCAGGGUAAUUACAUACGUCAAUGGACGAUUCCAGAAGAUACCAUCGACGAAUUUGAAGAGGAUGUCGUGAAGCGGUUUUGGACCGAGAUCAAGUGGGUUGCGUGUGAGCUUGAAGAUAAAUUCGAAAGUUGGAAGGAUAAGAAAGGGAUCUGCGACGGUGUGAAACGAUACUGGGAUGAUGUGUUUGAAAAGAAGGGCUGA